GAGAGAGGGAGAGAUGACAAGUGAAGUAGAGGGUAGCCAACGACACCAAGUGUUUCCUGUCAACGGUGGAGAAGAUGAGCUCAGUUACAAGCGCAAUUCCUCCUUACAGAAAAAGGGAGUAGACGCUUUCAAUGUCUUCAUCAAGGAGGGAAUUUUGGAAAAGCUUGACCUAGACCAAGUCAUUAUUAGUUCACCAAUCUCUCAUAAAGCGUUCAACAUGGUAGAUAUGGGCUGUGCCGUCGGAGCCAAUACACUCGCUGCCGUGCAAAAUGUCAUGGACUCCGUCCACCUAAAGCUCCACUCUCAGGGACUGGAUCACCUCUCCAAAACUCUAGAGUUCCAAGUAUUCUUCAACGACCUCGUUUCAAGCGAUUUUAACACUGUUUUCAGGUCCAUCCCAUCUGAUAAGCCCUACUACGCUGCCGGAGUUCCAGGCUCAUUCUACAACCGGUUGUUCCUGAAGUCGAGCCUGCACUUCGUGUAUUCCGGCUACUCUCUACAUUGGCUCUCUAAGGUCCCGGAGGGAGUGGCGGAUGAGAGCUCUCCCGCGUAUAACAAGGGGAAGAUCUAUUGGACAACUUCUUCCAAGGAAGUUGCUGAAGCUUAUGAAGCUCAGUUCGCUAGAGAUUUUGAUUCAUUUUUGGGUGCUAGGGCAUUGGAGGUUGUCCCUGGUGGACUAGUUGCUUUCUCCAUCGUUAGCGUGCCGCCAAAUUCUAAGUGCAUUACGCCAACUUUGUUUGAUCUCAUGGGCAGUGUUCUCUUAGAUAUGGCAGCUAUGGGAUUAACAAGCGAAGAGAAAGUAAAGUCAUUCAACUUGCCGGUAUAUCUCCCGACUCCGGCACAGUUAGAGGUGCUCAUCAAGAGAAAUCCCAACUUCACUCUUGAGAGAAUGGAAGCAUUGGUUCGUCCAAGGGAAUUCCUCCUUGAUCCAGACUUUCCUCAUCAGAUCAUUAUGCACUACCGAGCUGUAAUGGAAGGCCUCUUUAGCGACCACUUUGGGACUCAGAUCAUCAACAAUUUGUUUGAUCAGUUUGAGAAGAAGUUUAAGGAGAGCUCUGUGUUUCUGGACUUGAGCUACAAGCAAGUGAUCGAGUCGUUUGUUCUUCUGAAGCGCAAAACUUAUUAG